GCUUGUGUUUAUGUACCUUCCCCGAACGUUGACGUCAACGCGGCUUCAUUGUUGCACUUUGAACGGCUAUUAGUCAUAAUUGAAGCCCCUGCGUAGACCGACCAGCUUGGGCCUAUCGGCCCGGCCGAGCCUUCGCGGACAGCCGGCUGUGACGUUCCGUCGCGUCUUCAAUGGUAGUUGAGGGUAAUCUGCCGCUAGCAUAAUGCUAACGGAGGUAGAUGCGAGAUUCACUGUAGAUGUUUUGGGGUGAGGCGAUCCGGCCCAUCUUGGUCGUUACUGUCUUUUUGACAGUGGCGCUGUCGGCACGAGACGACUCCAACAAUAGCGCGGUUGACAUCAGCAGAGCGCCUGUCUUGUCAUCAGCAACAGACGCGCGGCUGGCUGAACAGAAUCAGAAAAAACACCUGGAGGCGCUUUUUAACAGGUACGGCGAGAAUGGGAGCAUCUCCUUGGAGGGCCUGAAGCGCCUUCUGCGCAGUGUGGGUUUGGACCGCAACAGGAUCGUGACUGUGCAGCACCACAACCAUCACCACCAUGAUGAGCACAGUCACCAUGACGAGCACGAGCACCAUGACGAGCAUGACCACCAUGAUGUACAUGACCACCACGAUGAACACGACCACCACGAUGAACACGACCACCAUGACGUACACGACCACCAUGAUGACCACAAUCACCAUGAUGACCACGAUCACCAUGAUGACCACGACCAACAGCAAGUUGAGUGUGAGAACGCAUCCAGCAUCCUUUGGUCACAUGGGAUGACUCUGGACGGCGGCCUCACCCUGGCUGACUUUGCCUAUCUGUGCCCAGCGCUCCUGCGCCAAAUUGACGACCGCGCUUGCAUCUGGCACACAGGGAGAGAGCAUCAUAACCACAGUCACCAUGACGACCAAAGCGAAAGUAGCAAAAACAUCGCAACAGCAUGGCUGGGCGGCUUCCUAUCCAUCACGGUCAUCAGCCUCCUGUCGCUUGUGGGGGUGGUGCUCAUCCCGCUCAUGAACCGAGUCUUCUUCAAGUUCCUGCUCAGCUUCCUGGUGGCAUUGGCCGUGGGGACGCUCAGCGGCGAUGCUUUUCUGCACCUCAUCCCACAUUCUCAAGGAGGUCACCAGCACCAACAUUCGGAGGACCAUAUGCACCACCAACACGAUGAGGACCACUUGGACGGCGUUUGGAAGGGUCUGACUGCUCUGGGUGGAGUCUACUUCAUGUUUCUCAUCGAGCACUUCCUGACGCUGGGAAAAAUGUACAAGGAGAAGAAAAAGAGGACGCAGAAGCGCAAAGGGGAGCCAGAAAAGCCCCUGCCAGCCCCGAUGGAGGAUGACAUCAAGACAUGUGAAGCAGACGUGGAAACCAACGGCGGUGGAGUGUUUGCCGAGCGCCCCGAUGAGGAUGGUGUGGCGGAGGAGGAGCAAGUAAUGCUGAAGCUGUCGCCAAUGACAGCGGUGGCGGCAGCUUCGGGCUACACAGCGGAGGACUGCGAGAACAAAUGCCACUCGCACUUCCAUGACACUGUGGGCCAGGCGGACAGCCAGCACCACCACCACCACGAUUACCACCAUAUCCUACACCACCACCACUCCCAGAACCACCACCCACACAGUCACACGUACCCGCGCCACCACUUCAAGGACGCCGGCGUGGCCACGCUGGCCUGGAUGGUCAUCAUGGGGGACGGCCUGCACAACUUCAGUGAUGGCCUGGCUAUUGGCGCUGCAUUCAGCGAGGGUUUGUCCAGCGGCUUAAGCACAUCAGUGGCCGUCUUCUGUCACGAGCUUCCACACGAGUUGGGUGACUUUGCCGUACUGCUAAAGGCCGGCAUGACGGUGAGGCAGGCCAUCCUGUACAAUGUGCUGUCUGCCACCACGGCCUACCUGGGCAUGGUGACUGGAAUCAUCAUUGGCCAUUACGCCGAAAACAUAGCCAUGUGGAUUUUCGCCCUGACGGCCGGCCUCUUCAUGUACGUGGCACUGGUGGACAUGGUCCCGGAGAUGCUCCACAACGACGCGAGCGAGCACGGCUUCAGCCACUGUGGCUACUUCCUGUUGCAGAAUGCAGGAAUCCUGCUGGGGUUCGGCAUCAUGCUCCUCAUCGCCAUCCUGGAGCACACCGUUCGCUUCGACCUCCAUUUCUGAGGAUGUUGUUGCCGCCACGCUCCUUUUUUUUUCUAUUUUUUUUUUUAGUUGUACUCCGUGACGGCUCAACUCUAGAACCUCUCACGAGCACUGCCCACCAGACAGGGCAGUUUGCGUAUGACUGUCUACUUCUUGUUAGAAGCAGUCCACGUCUGACAAAAGGUCAAGUUAAGGUCAAAAUGUCCCACUUGAACAUUGUUUGUUUUAAUUUAUUUGUUUUUUUUUUAAACUCCGCCGAGGUGUGAAACAAAAAAAAAAUUGUAGCUGCACAUUCCAAUCAAUUAUUAAACACAAUCCAACCUCGGUUUCAUUGUUACUUACAGUAAAUACAGUGGUGCUUUGAGAUAUGAGUGAGACUACAGCGAUCAUGUUUCAGUGUCAUUAACGGCAAGAGACGUCCAAUCCAUUCUGAUUGGGAAGCUUGGACGUCUAUCGCCGUCAAUGGCAGCUAAAGAGUAAAUUUAUAAUCAUAAUAUUAAUGAAAACAUUAAAGCUGUUAGAAUAGUAGGAUGGUGUUUCUUAACCCUUUAUAGGACAAGUGACUUUGGUAAUGAAUGUUUACUAUGAUAUCAUUAAUUAUUAUGACAGUUAUGAGUUUUUUUUUUUUUUUUUUUUUUUUUUUUUUAAUUAGUACCUUAACUGUGUAUUUAUUAAAAUGUUAAUUCAGGCGAAAUUAUCUUGAAAAUGGGGAUACUUUUUUCUGCUCUGGUUCACUCCCUGUUGAUUUACGUUCAAUUCCAGGGCACUUCCUGCUGAUUUUGGGGCUUUUCCUGAAUGACUUCCUGUUCAUUUGAGGUCAUUUACUUUCCUUUCAAGUCAUUUCCUGCUGAUUUUGGGACAUUUGCAUGAUUACUAAACUCUGGUCAUGGCCACCAAUAACAAACAUUAUUAUUUUUUUAGUUCGCAGUAUUCAAAGAAUUGCCCGAUAAAGGGUUAAUUUCAGCACUGUAAGUAGUAAUAUGUCAAAGUUAAUGCGUGGUCAAUAUAAAAACGGUUAUUUUUAAAGCAACUCUGGUCCGUCGAUUGCUGUCAGUGCAUGGCACUGAAUAAGUAUGUCAAGGCACCGCUGUAUAUUUAUCUUGUUGAAUUUACAAUCAAAUCAUUGGAAAAAUGAACGUGUUCGAUUUUUGUUUCUUUUUUUUUUUUCUUUUUUUUAAUGUUCAUAAGGUAAAACCAUGGUGAAACAGAAUUUGUAGAGAUUUAGUUGCAAAGAUGAACAGAAGAAAAUCCUGCUCUCUGUUUGGGUCAAAAAUGUAUUCUGUAAAAUUUGUGAAUUUUGGCUUGGAAGUCUACUGUGUGUGAGUGUUCUGUUGCGACCGACUGACAUUCCUCAGCACAAAUAAAGUCUGUCUCAUCUCGACCGGAA